GUUUGUGUGUAUGCGUUUGUGUGGUUGUGUGCUUGGAGUGAGUUGUGUUUGUGUGCCAGCUCGCCCUCCUCUUCGGCCCACUGGUGCCCUCCGUGUACACACUUCACCCCGCUGCUCAAGAAGUUCGCCGAGACGUUGCAGUCCUAUGGCGAGGCCUCGCUCAAGAUCAUCUUUGUGUCCAGCGACAAGAGCGAGCCAGAGAUGUGGAAGUACAUUUACGAGGCGCACGGGGACUGGCUGGCGCUGGCGUACUCCGCCCAGGAGGCCAAGCAGCGCCUGGAGCGCCAGUUCCAGGUGUCUGGCAUACCUUCGCUCGUCGUCAUCGACCCGCUCGGGCGCCAGGCGGUCCGCGACGCGCGGGGCGAGGUGAUGGCGAGUGCCCAGAAUUCCACGCAGGUGCUCACCACUUACCUCCGCUGGAAGGCCGCGGCCGGCGCCACCGGAGUGCCUGCUGCUCCCGCCGCCGUGGCGCCCGGGGAGCUGCCGGCCGGCCUCCGAGUGAGGAUACGAGGCCUCACUGGCGCCGCAGAGCACAACGGCGUCGAAGGCGUCAUCAAAGGCUACAGCAGGGAGAAGGGCCGCUACGUGGUCGACCUGGAUGACGGUGAUCGCAGCUUGUCGCUGCGCGCCGCCAACCUGCUGCAGUUGCUGCCCCUGCGCGUGCGCGCUGCCGACGAGGGCCACGCCUGCAACGGCGGCGACGCGGGCGGGGAGGGCGCCGGCGCUGGCGGCGCGUGGACGGAGGGGGUGAUCGAGGACUUCGACGACGAGGCGGGGGAGAUCGUCUUCACCGCGGGGGGGAACGGCGAGAGACGGCGAGGGGCGCCCGCCCGGUCCGCACUCGCCGUCGGCAGAGCACCGCGGGGCGCCGACGGCCUGCAGCCAGUACGCUGCCUCCCCGACCUGGCCCGCAAGAAGCUCUCGGCCCGCACGGUGGCCUCCAGCGACCACUGUUUUUUGCCGCCGCUCGAGCGGCAGCGGGCGCGCCUCGCUCUGCGCGGCCCCAGCGGGCCGCCGCCAGCGGGCGCCCACUGCCGCCGGCCGCGCGCCGGCCGGCGCGCGCCCGCGCGGCAUGCCGCGGUCGCCCUCGCGGGAGCGCGCGCGGCGGUCGAGAUCGGCCGGGGCCCCGUGCGAGCGCGCGCGGCGGUCGAGGGCCCCGUGGCGGCCGGGGGGUCUGCUCAGACGCAGCGCUCCGCGCAGUCAGUGCCCGGACAGGCUGGGACCCCACGAGGCUGCGCGCUCGAGCACGGCGCGCGCACCCGGGGUGGCUGCCCUGCCGCGGAGGGGACACUUCGACCGCUCGACCAGCGGAGGCUCACUGUCGGCUACUCGGUCGCCGCGCCGCCUUUCUUCUUCCUAGAGAUCGCCGCGGUAUUGUGGGAAAUCCCUUCGUCCGCCGAGCCCCGCUCGAGCGCGUCCGGACCGGCCAGCGCGGCCGGGUGCCUCCGCGCCCGUGCCGGCAGCUCCGUGGCGGGGCUGCGGGGCGGCGGCGCAGCCCGUGUCUCCCGCCGCGGCGGAUGCUGGCCGGGCAGCCGUUUUGUCGGCCGGGCCUCGCUCGGAAGCGCCCGGGGUGGGCGCGGCAGCCCCAAGCGCGGCAGCCCCAAGCGGGCCCAGGUCGUCCGCAGCAGCAGCAGCCCCAAGCGCCCCGCCAAGCGCGGCAGCCCCAAGCGGGUCACGGCCGCCCGCAGCAGCAGCAGCCCCAAGCGGCCUGCCCCCAGGCGAUCCCGCGAGCGCGAGGCGAAGCGCGAGGCGCCGGCCGACAGAGCCGCCAGGCUGCGCGCCGAGCUCGCCGCGGAGCGCCGCGACAAGGACAGGGGCCGCAAGGACGCGGACAGGGACAGGGACGCGGAGAAGCGCCGGGAAAGGGAGAAGAAGGAGAGGGUGAAAGAGAAGAGCCGCGAGAGGGAGAAGAGUCAGGAGAAGUCACCUCCGCCACCGCCGAGGGACGAAAAGGAGGAGUUAGCCAAGAGGGAACGGCAGAAAGCGCUGGAGGACAUGUUAGUGGAGGAGGAGGUGGCCCGGCGUUGCGACGCCGAGCUGCAGCGGCGCUUUGAGCAGACGAUCGCCAGCGAGGCGUUCAAGCAGAUGGUCAGGGAGAAGGUGGAGCAGAGAAAGGAGCAGCUCGAGAAAGUGAUGCUCGAAGAGGCGGAGGAAAAGAAGCGGGAAAUCGAAGAGGCGGACCGAGCUAGAAAGGAGGCCCAGGCGGCCGAGGAGAGAAGGCUGGAGGAGGACAGGAAGAAGGAGCAGGACAAGCUCCGGGAGAUAGAAAUGAAGGGCGCCGAAGAGCGGGCGGCGAAGGAGGCAGCUCGACUCCAGGAGCUCGAGAGGAAGCAGCAGGAGGAGCGGGCUAGGCAGCGGCUCCGCGAGGAGGAGGAGAAGAAGAAGAGGGAGGAGAAGGCGAAGAUGCUGAACGUCGGCGGGGGGCAGCGCAAGUCCGUGGGCUUCAGCAUGAAGAAGAGCGUGCUGUGACCCCUCUGCGCGCGCCUCCGCGCGCCUGCGCGCCCGCGGCG